AUGGCACGAUAUUUCAAAUGGCUGCUCGCGGCCUUGCUGGCACUGGUGCUGCUGCUUGCAGCCGUGAUCUUUGCGCUGCACCGCUGGGUUGGCUCCGACGAUUUCAGGCAACGUGUUGAACGCGAGGCCGGCGCUGCACUCGGUGUGCCGGUUGUCGUCGGCAGCAUGACGGUUGACGUGUGGCCGCUGCCCGCCGUGGCCUUUGGCGGCCUGACGGUGCAAAGCCAGCCCCCGGUCACGCUUGAGCGGCUGGAAGUGCGCCCGCAAUGGCAGGCGCUGCUGCGCGGUGAACUUUCGGUGGCCACGCUCAUCAUUCGCAAGGCCGUGCUGCCCCAACGGGGCAUAGAUGCGAUAUUGCUGGCGCUGCAGAAAAAGAAACAGGUCGCUGCGGCCGGCCAGCCCUCGCCUGCGGUGCCUGCAUCAACACCUGCAACGCCAGCCACUGCGCAGAAGCUGGCCCCGGCCACAACUGCAGCCGCGACCCCUGCAGACGAACUGACCUGGCUGCCGCGCCGCACGAUUCUUGACGAUGUGACCUGGGUCAGCGACGCCGGCACCAGCACGGCUGUUGAAGGCGAGGCCAGGCUGGGCGCCGAUGCGUUGCCCGACAGCGCCAGCCUCAAGCUGAUACGCGGCAACCUGCAGGGGCUGACGGCGCAGCUCAAGCGCGAAUUGUUAUUGCACACACCAAAGGACCGUGAGGGCUGGAUCUAUCGCUGGUCUCUGGUCGUCAAUGUCGGCGGCGGCAACAUCACAGGCAAGC